ACAAUUGAAUAGCACAACUCAUUAGUGAUUCAAAAAAUGACUAUUUCACAUUCACAUCUUUUUCUUUUACUAAUUAGUUUUGUCUUGCUUUUUCCUCCAACUUUCUCCUCGAGAAGAGACUUCUUUACAAAUGCACCUAUUAUGGAUGACCAAAAACUUAUUCCUCUAAAAGAAACUCCCACUGUUUCUCCACCUCCAAAAGAAACCCCGGGUAGUCCACCACCACCUCCAAAAGAAACCCCAGGUAGUCCACCACCUCCAGAAGAAAUCCUCGGUAGUCCGUCACGACCGACAAAAGAAAUCCCGGGUAGUCCACCACCUCCUCCGAAAGAAACCCCUGGUAGUCCAUCACGACCUACAAAAGAAACCCCAGAUAGUCCACUGCCACCUACAAAAGAGACUCCCGGUAGUCCACCGCCUCCUCCAAAAGAAACCCCGGGUAGUCCACCCCCUCCAGAAGAAACCCCUAGUAGUCCAUCACGACCUACAAAAGAAACCCCGGAUAGUCCACCGCCACCUACAAAAGAGACUCUCGGUAGUCCACCACCUCCUCCGAAAGAAACCCCGGGUAGUCCACCACCUCCAGAAGAAACCUCUGGUAGUCCAUCACGACCUACAAAAGAAACUCCGGGUAGUCCACCACCACUUACAAAAGAGACUCCCGGUAGUCUACCACCUCCUCCGAAAGAAACCCCGGGUAGUCCACUACCUCCAGAAGAAACCCCUGGUAGUCCAUCACGACCUACGAAAGAAACCCCAGGUAGUCCACCAUCAUCUACAAAAGAGACUCCCGGUAGUCCAUCACCUCCUCCGAAAGACACCCCAUGUAGUCCACCACCUCCAGAAAAAACUCCAGCUCCUGAAUCUAUGAUUUUGGACUAAAUUAAUUAAUUA